AUGGAGUCCCAAGGUCAGAGACAGAGCUUGAGAGGCCAAGCUCAGGAACCAAAUAGGCAGGACGUGAGCCCAGAGGCGAUGCGGAAAGCGGAAGAGGCGAAGAACAAGACCAACCAGAGUGCGCAACAAGCCAAGGAGAAAACAGAGUCUACAAUGAGCCAGGUGAAGGACAAGGCGGCGCAGGCGACAGAGGAGACAAGGAGGAAGACCCAAGACGCCGCAGAUAAGGCUAAAGAGACUGGCCAGGCCGGGAAAGAGAAGACGAGUGGGAUUCUCCACCAGACCGGAGAAACAAUGAAGAAUAUGGCACAAGGUGCGGCUGAUGCUGUGAAGAGCACUGUUGGGAUGGGUAAGAAAGAUGACCUAGACGAUCCUUAUAUGGAAACUACCACCACUACUAGGACUAAUACUGGAACUACAGGGGCUCCUGGGACAAGGAAGUAG